AGCCCCUGCAGCCGGCUCGGCCUCUCCCCCGGGCGGCCGGCGCGCGGCGAGGAUGCCCCCGAAGAAGGGGAAGAAGGCUCGACUUUUGUGCCUGCGCCGCCUCCUCUGUGCCUCGACCCUCCCUGCGGGCCUGAGCCUCGGCUGCCGGGUGUGGUGGGUCGGGCACGCGCAGCGGCUCGCCGAGGGCGCCCUGGUGCGCCCCGGGGCCGGGGGCGUGCUGGCGGCCGUGGCCGACCUGGUGGUGUCCGAGACCGAGGAGGGCGAGCCGAGCUACUCCCUGGAGGCCGUCCAGGUCGAGUUCGAGGGUCAUCCUCGGAGGAGGGCGAGUCUCGGAGGAGUGCAAGAUACCGAUGCCGCUGCUCGGCCUGGAGGGCUCGUCGCCAGGGCUUGAUUCGCUUCGAAAGCCUGGUCAGAGCGCACCUCUGGAGCAGUCCGUGGAGCAGCGGUAUCGGCACCUGUUUCGAUCCCCCACAGUCGAGGCAACGGCGGUUGGCCUUCGGCGGGCCCCCUCGUCGCCACUGCCUGGACACCAGCUCGGAGGAUUGGGUGCGCCUGGACCCCGGUGAGGGCUCCGGCGACGGAUCUUGAGCCGCCGCCGUCUCGACUCGCCCUGCUCCGACCUCGAAGAAGGAAGCACGGCAUCAGCAUAAACUCUCGCAGGGCCGUGCCGACGUCUCGGACCGGCGCUGGACCCCUCCCCUGGCGGCGCCUCCAGCGCCGCCCCUGGCGCGCUCCGCUCGCCGGGGAGGGGGGUCCAGCGCCGAUCCGCGCGGGCCUCCGAGAACGUCCGUAUGUUUGUGCCGCCGCUUCUUCUUCCGCAUCCGGGGCCGCAGACUGUGCCCAUCAAGGACGGGGUGCCGAUCGACGCCAGGCCGCCCCCCCCCUCGGCGAUCUGGAGCCUGGCGCCGGCCGUGCGGAGGAGGCGGGUGCCAGUGCCCGCCCUCUUCGAGCCCCUCGCCCCGGCCGCGGCGCGCACGCGCGGGCGGAGCGAGUCUCCAGCGGUCGCCCUGGUGGCGAGCAUGAAGACGAGCACCGCCACGAGCUUCACGAGCAAGGCGGCGACGACGCGUUCCCUGUCGCCCGCGCAGCAGCUGGUGGAGGCGUCGCGGUCCAGCAGCCCCUUCAUCGACGGCCUCUGGAUCCUGGACGCGCACCCGUGCAGGACGGACAAGGUGAGGCACCUGCUGUCCCCCGCGCUGGCCGCCUUCCUGGAGGACCCCGCGUUCCAGUACUCCUGCACCAGCCUCGGGGGGCACGCGGCGCCGGGGCGCGUCGACUGGCGGGCGAUCUACCCCUGGGUCGUGGACGUGCUCGGGGCGGCCAACUCGCAGGCCUGCCUGGAGCCCGAGCUCGAGAUCGGUGACGACUCCUACGCGUCGAUCGUGAAGCGGUUCGACAAGACGACGGGCAGCUGGAUGUGCAACGCUCCGCUCAGCGAGAACAUACUCCCCUUCGCGCAGUUCGUCGUCGCGGUGCUGUACCUGGAGGCGCAGGAGGAGGCCAGGAAGCGGACGGAGAGAGAGCAGCAGAUCAGGGAGCUGCUGCAGUCCGAGUGCGCUCAGGAGGGGAACCCGGGGGACCCUGGACUGGCGCUCCUGUGGGACACCGACGACGUGCUGGAGCUGCGGGUGGUCCUGCCGGACGGCCUGGGAGAGGUCAGCACAUCUGGCGGGUGCGUCGAUUGCGGCGAGGGCACCGAUCUGGCAGAGGAGUCGUGCGGCGUGGACCCCCUGCAGCCGGUGAAGAGCAUCCUGUGGGCGGACUUCGACCCCCAGGCGACGGGCCCCGACGCGGCGAGGAGCGCGCCUCCCGGGCAGUACCAGGUGCAGGUCGUCCUGGCCGAGCGGCGGUCGGGGAAGCCGUGCCACUGGGCAUGCCAGGUAUCCGUAGACGGUAAGCUUUCAGUGUUCGGCGGCACUUGGGGCAACACGGACAUGCAGGAUGUCGCUGCGUUUUCGAAAUCGGAGCCAGCUUCUGGCUAGGCCGUGGCGGCAUGGCAUCGUCGUACAGAGGUCGGAAAGAUCGUCUGCCUUCCUAUGUGUUUUGCUUCUAAUGAUAUACACACACACACACACAUAGGUGCUCCGCUCUUUCGCGAGCGUGCUAAUGGGCACAGCUCGUUCUGCCUAUGCCCAGGCGUCCUCUCGGGUGCACCGCUUUUUUGUGUCCGUCUGCCGUGCCGUCUGCCCCGACGCCCGCGCUGGGCCAGAGGAGUCCUUGUUUCUCCUCUGCGUUGGGUUCCGCUCCGGGCGUUUCCCCCCGUGCGAGGAGCUCCGCGUGCGCGUCUUUUCCCUGCGCAGCCUGCCCGCCUGUCUUCGCCA